CUCUGCCUCUCCCUCGCAGCCCUUUUCCCCUUCCCUCUGCAAUCUUUCGACGUCUCCGUCAACUCUUGAAUCAAUCUCGAGUUCCAAACAUGCGUGAGAUCCUUCACAUCCAGGGCGGUCAAUGUGGGAAUCAGAUCGGGGCCAAGUUCUGGGAAGUGAUCUGUGACGAACACGGCAUAGAUCACACUGGAAAGUACAAUGGCGACUCUGAUCUUCAGCUUGAACGGAUCAAUGUCUAUUACAAUGAGGCGAGUGGGGGAAGGUACGUUCCACGGGCGGUUUUGAUGGAUUUGGAGCCCGGGACCAUGGAUUCGCUUCGUUCGGGACCCAUUGGUCAGGUCUUCCGGCCCGAUAACUUUGUGUUCGGUCAAUCUGGUGCUGGAAACAACUGGGCUAAAGGGCAUUACACGGAAGGAGCAGAGUUGAUUGAUUCGGUUCUUGAUGUUGUCAGAAAGGAGGCUGAGAACUGCGAUUGUUUGCAAGGAUUCCAAGUAUGCCACUCCUUGGGUGGAGGCACUGGGUCUGGCAUGGGAACACUACUUAUAUCCAAGAUCAGGGAAGAGUAUCCAGAUCGUAUGAUGUUGACGUUUUCCGUCUUCCCUUCUCCCAAGGUCUCAGAUACUGUUGUAGAGCCAUACAAUGCUACCCUUUCUGUACACCAGCUUGUUGAAAAUGCCGAUGAAUGUAUGGUCCUAGACAAUGAAGCUCUGUAUGACAUAUGCUUCCGCACUCUCAAGCUUGCCAAUCCCUCCUUUGGCGAUCUCAAUCACCUCAUCUCUGCCACCAUGAGUGGUGUUACAUGCUGCCUCCGUUUCCCUGGACAGCUGAACUCUGACCUCCGGAAACUUGCAGUGAACUUGAUACCCUUCCCUCGUCUCCACUUCUUCAUGGUUGGGUUUGCACCCUUAACAUCUAGAGGCUCACAGCAAUACCGGGCCCUUACUGUACCUGAGUUGACCCAACAGAUGUGGGACUCCAAGAACAUGAUGUGUGCCGCUGACCCACGGCAUGGUCGGUACCUUACAGCAUCAGCCAUGUUCCGUGGUAAGAUGAGCACCAAAGAGGUUGAUGAACAAAUGAUCAAUGUGCAGAACAAGAACUCUUCCUACUUCGUCGAGUGGAUACCCAACAAUGUCAAGUCUAGUGUCUGUGACAUCCCACCAAGGGGUUUAAAGAUGGCAUCGACGUUUAUUGGAAACUCAACCUCAAUCCAGGAGAUGUUCCGGAGAGUCAGUGAGCAGUUCACAGCCAUGUUCAGGAGGAAGGCUUUCUUGCACUGGUACACUGGCGAGGGCAUGGACGAGAUGGAGUUCACUGAGGCUGAGAGUAACAUGAAUGAUCUGGUGGCCGAGUACCAGCAGUAUCAGGAUGCAACAGCAGAUGAUGAAGAGUAUGAGGAAGAGGAAGAAGAGGAGGUUGCUGGCUGAGGGAUUUCAAAUUUCAGUUGAUCUGGGACAUAUCUUUGGGUGCUUCUUGUUAGUGGGUGUGACUAUCUGGUCAUGAUGGUGAAUAGUUAGCAUGUCUUGUAUGAGGUGUGUGGGUUUUGUCAUGUAUUAGAGCUGGGUUGUGUGAUUAUUUUCCUUACAAAGUUGCUCUUCUUUUGUUACUUUUGAUUCUUUUUUAAUUUUACAAAGUUGCUUAUCUUUUGUUC